UUGCCUCCCAGAAUAGAAAAAGUGGCCAUUAAUUCAAAAUUAGCAAGCCAAAAAUCAAAUCAAAUUCCGAGUCUCAUUUUUUACGAGCGAUGAGACGGCUCUCCUGAUGCUCUACUUGAGAUUAGAACAUCUCAGCUGUAAACGCACACAUUGAGAGGUAUUGAUCGAUUCGUUAAUGGAAGCCAUCAGAAAGCAAGCCUCCAGGCUACGAGAACAGGUAGCCAGGCAGCAGCAGGCUGUUCUAAGGCAGUUCGGUGCGUAUGGAGAUACAGAUGUUAUCAUGAAUAAUGAUGCUGAGCUCCGGCAGCACAAGAAGUUGGAAAAGCUAUACAUAUCUACUCGUGCUGCCAAGCAUUUCCAAAGGGACAUUGUUCGUGGCAUUGAAGGCUGUAUAGUUAUAGGAUCCAAACAAAUUGAAAUAGGAACUAAAAUGUCAGAAGAUAGCAGAAAGUAUGGUGUUCAGAAUACAUGCACCAGUGGUAAUACAUUAUCAAAAGCUGCAUCGAAUUUUGCAAGAGCUCGUGCUCAAAUGGAGAAAGAGCGUGGAGAUCUGUUGAAAGCGCUUGGGACACAGGUGACUGAACCAUUAAGAGCUAUGGUAAUGGGAGCUCCACUGGAUGAUGCCCGUCAUCUUGCUCAACGAUAUGAUAGAAUGAGACAAGAUGCGGAAGCUCAGGCUUUUGAAGUUGCCAGAAGACAAGCAAAAGUUAGAGAAGGAAAUGACCAUCCAGACUUAGCUUCCAAACUUGAAGCAGCCGAAGCUAAAUUGCAAGAUUUGAAGUCCAACGUUGCUGUACUGGGUAAAGAAGCUGCUUCAGCAUUGGCUGCUGUUGAAGAUCAACAACAAAGGUUGACACUGCAACGACUGACAGCCAUGGUUGAAGCAGAACGUGCUUACCAUCAACGAGUUCUUCAAAUACUUGAUCAGCUAGAAGGCGAGAUGAUAUCUGAAUGCCAAAGAAUUGAAGCAGCUCCUAGUCCUCGUGUGGACAAUACUUCUGCACCUCCAUCAUAUGAAGAUGCAAAUGGGGUGUCUACUUCACCAGCGCAGAAUGGAUCAACUGAUAACAUGGGCUACUUUCUUGGGGAGGUCAUGUACUCAUACCAAGCUGAAUCUGAUGUGGAGCUUAAUUUGUCAAUUGGAGACUAUAUUGUCGUUCGAAAGGUUUCAAAUAACGGGUGGGCUGAAGGUGAAUGCAAAGGCAAAGCCGGUUGGUUUCCUUUUGGAUACAUUGAGAGACGCGAGCGUGUACUUGCAAGCAAGGUAGCUGAAGUUUUCUGAACUCCCGUGGUGCUGUUUUGUGUUUCAACAUGCACUUCUGUAUCUCUUUUAUCUUGGAGAUGCAGAGAUACUCAAGCUUUGCCCCUACAGCAAAAGAGCAUUCUCCUGCUGCUUUCUGGCCUGCAGUCAAUUUUACAGAUUGACAUAUUGUCUGCUGUUUCCAGACUUCUUUUCUUUCCUUGAAAAGCCUUAUCAUUUGUUUUAUAAUCAAUUGAAAUGUCCCAAAUUCAGCCUCUCUCUCUCUAUUUUCUUUUUGAAUAUACAUUAGACACGGACUUCUAGUUACAUGAUAGUGUCUUUUUAAAGAAGCAUGAUUUUAUAGUUAUUGA